AUGCAAGACGAGGAUUUUGAUAGUAUUGAAGAUGCCAAUGAAGCUGAUGAUGACGAAUUAGAUGAAGAUGCCCUGUCACACGUUCAGCAGAUGGAGUUGCUCAAAGUCAAAGAUCCUAAAUUUUAUCAAUAUUUGCAAGAAAAUGAUCAGCAGCUGCUGAAUUUUGCCGAUUUAGAUGACGAUCAGGAAGAACCUCGAGUAGAAAAGGCCGAAUCCGAUUCAGAAGACUCCACUAUUACUGUUACACCUGCUAUGGUUAAAGAAUGGAAAUCCAAGCUUUCCAAACAAAAAUCCACAAAGUGCAUUCAUAAAGUUUUACUUGCAUUUCGAGCAGCAGUUGUCAUUGACAAUGAAACUGAAACCAAUUCCAACUUUACAUACCGUAUUGAAGGAGAAAAAAUGUUCAACACGGUGGUUCUCAUUGCCCUCAAGUACUCUCCUAUCGUGUUUGACCAUGCCUUGUUUGGAUCAAAGAAUGAUAAACCAAGAAAAGGACUUCCAUCUGGUGCCAAAAAGUGGAAACUCAUCCAUAGACUUGUCAAGUCUUUUCUCAUUGCCACCUUGAAACUCAUGGAGCAGAUGACAGACAUGAGCAUGCUGUCGUUUAUACUAAAGCAGUGUGAGAGCGCAGUCUCUUAUUUCGCCUGUUUUCCAAAACAAUGCAAAGAUUUUACUAAACGCAUUGUAAACUAUCUUGCAUUUGCUGAGCAAGAGCAAGUCCGAAUUAUGGGAUUCCUAUGUUUGCGUCGUCUUGCAAUCGCCGCUCCUAACCCGAAUCUGCAGACUAUAACUAAACAAGUUUAUUCCGCUUUUCUCGAGGUUGCUCGCUCGACCAAUGUGCACACGUGGACUCAUGUUGACUUUAUGAGCAACUGUAUAGUAGAACUUUGUGGAAUCCAUCUCUUUACAACGUAUCAGCUUGCAUUUGUUUACAUCCGACAAAUGGCAAUCAAACUGAGAUCGGUAAUCAUUACCAAAACAAAAGAUUCGUAUAGAACAGUCUAUAAUUGGCAGUUUUUGCAGAGUAUUCGCAUGUGGAGUCGAGUGCUGAGCACAUACUGUGAUCGAGCACUUGGAAAAACCAAAGAAUCUGAGAUUCUUCAGCCGCUAAUUUAUCCUCUGGUGCAAGUAGCCAUAGGUGUAAUCAAAGUCAAACCAUCAUCCCGAUACUUUCCAUUCCGAAUGCAUAUCAUCAAGGCACUUAUUGAGUUGAUGGAAAAGACGGGAACCUUUAUCCCAGUUGCGGCAUAUCUAUUUGACAUACUGCACAGUGCAGAAGUUUCUGGAAAAUCCAAGCCCUCCACUCUCAAAUCGCUAGACCUGCUAUUGACUAUUCAGGCACCUAAUUCGUACCUUGGAACAAAAACGUACCAGCGCGGUUUGAUUAGCGAGACUGUGCACAUCCUGUUUGACUAUUACUCCAACUUUUCUCUGUCCAUCUCAUUCCCAGAGAUAGUUAUUCCAGCAAUCAUUGAGCUUAAACACAUGACUAAAAACAGCAAAGAUGUGAAUCUAAACAAAACGCUGGGCCAGUUGACAGAAAAGCUUGAGCAAAACAGUGCAUUCAUUCAGGAAAAGCGAGUAGGACUUGAUUUUGGACCCAAAGAUAUGCAGCGAACUGAAGAGUUUCUUGGAGAUCUUGAAAAAGAUAGCACACCGCUUGGAAAAUUCAAUGCUGCACGACACAAAAUGCGCAUUAGACAAAAGCCUGAAGACAAGUAUGUGCCCAGCAACGAGGACGAUGAAGAAGAUCAAGAAGAAGAAAUUCUUGGCAGCGAGAGUGAAAACUCCAACGAGGAUGAAGCAGAAGAGCCAAUUCACGAUACUUCAAAACCCAAUGGUGCUGGAACAAAACGCAAGCAUGGUGAAUCCAAACCAUCCAUGGCCAAACCUACUGAAUCUGGCAAAAAGAUCAAGACUGCAAAGCAGGCUAAACCUACCAAGAAAGCGAAUGAUUAUGAAAUUGAUGGAGAUGAAGAUGUUGUGGACGAUUUUGUUCUAAGUGACGAUGAAUAA